GCUGGCGGGAGGGCCCUGCCGCCGGCCCAGCGGCCCACAGCGCUGCCGGUCGCUCCCCGCCUCCCCACCCGGCGGUACCGGUGUGUGAGGAGCCGUUGGAAACCGCAGCCCCCGCCAGCGCGGACCCUCCGGCAGGUACCUGAGACGCGCUUCCCCGCGGCGGGCAGGAGGGAAGGCGGCCGGAGGCCGAGGGCGCUGCCGCCCGCUGACAGCAUCAUUCACAGAUUAGAGCUGGUGAGAAAGCUCUGAUCCUUGUGUGACACGUCUGGAACUUACUGCAAUCUCCAAGAAGAAACACAACAAAUAUCUGCACUGUACAAGUCCAGUUAAAUGGCUGCUCACAUGUUUCUCUGUUCUGAGGACUCAUUUCAUCAUGACCUCUUUUGAAGAAGCUGAAACUGAAGAAACAGUAACAUGUCUCCACAUGACCUUUUAUCAUCCUUGCCAAGACGACAAGAUGAUGUUUCGUUGCUUGAAUUUCUGUCAGCGAGAACAGGUCAGGGCAGAUGACAUGGCCAAGUUUGGCCGCGAUUCUACUGUCUGCCAUUAUAACUUAAUGGAUACUCGUGUUUCUCGGAUUCAGUUUUCACUGCAGUUUUACAGAAAACUGAACAGCUCAGAAUUUUGUUUUGAGAUAAAGAACAUGAGCAAGAGAACAAAACUGAUGGUGGACCAAACAGAACUGGGUUACUUAAACAAAAUUGACCUGCCGUUGAAGUGCAUCAUUUGUUUUGGGGACUACCAGAUUUUAGCAGAGAUUCAAGAAGGGGAGUCCGUGGAUUAUUUUGAGACUCACUUACACUUGGCUGAAAUGCCAAUCUUACAAGAAAGAUGCCUGCCAUCGCUACAGCCUACACCCGAGAACGGCGUUUCUUCCUUGUUUCCUUCCCAAUGUAAAAGCCCCAUAGAGAUUGAUGAAAACGAGUCAUGCUAGCGGGGAGAAAGACGCUGGAGCAGGUUUUGAUCACUUGUAACCUGCACAACUUCCAAAAUUGAAGGCUGUCAUCUCAGUCCAUUGUUCUCAAUGGCUCUCACCGCUGCACAUCAGUCUUCUUUCUCCUUGUUUUCAGCAUUGGCAUAGCACAACAUACUUUGUUCAACACAAAGAGAUUCCUGCCGCUGUCUUCACCGGGACAUACGCGCUCUCUGAUCACCACUCUUCGCCACAUCAACGUGUGGGAAACACAGAGGGCCGCUCAAAGCCAUUUGCAGCAGGUUUAAUUCAACUGUGACCACGUGCCUUGCAGGUGGCACUAUAUUAAUUUCAAGGCAUUAAUAUAGAGCAUGCAGAACAGUGUUUUAGCCGCCCAGCAGAGGUUAAGCUAAGCAGGGACAUAAUGUCCUGCUGCAUUUGUUAAUACUUGGUGCUUUGCUUUUGACAUGAAAUUCCAAACAGUAUUUUCAAGCCUAGGUUGUAAUUUUCCAAAUUUUGCAGCUUAGAACCACUUUGUCAGCAUAGUCCUUUAAAGUUAAUGUUUUUAUUAGCUUUGCAUUAGUGUUUUUAUUAACUUCACAGUGAGUUUUUUCUUCUGUUUUUAAAAUGAACUAAAAUUCAAUUUUAAGUUAAUUUCAAGUUAACUACUUAUGCUUGUGAAUGUAAAUAAACACGCAGUGUCAGCAAUCACAGUAUGUAAAAAUCCAGAUAAAUUUUCUAAUAAAAGCUUUUGGUUGCCUAGUAAGGAUCUUCACCUACAA